AUGAGCGAUUUCAACUCAAAGACUCUGGGAAAGUGCCUCUGCAUCAUCACCGGGGCAUCAAAAGGAUUUGGACGGUGUCUGGCACAGCAGGUUCCCCCUCUUCUAGAGGCUGGCUCUGCACUCAUACUGUGGCUGCACUGGUCAGCUGCUGCAGGAGUUAAAGACAGAGCUGGUGAACCUGGGGGUCUCUCAGGGGCUGGUGGUCCGGUGUGUUGCAGCUGA